AUGGCUAAUCGUAUAAGAAAGAAGUCGAAAUCUAAACCUGCUACAUCGACUCUUUAUACUAAUUACCUUCUUACGGCAAUUCUUUCUUCGGAUAGCCUUUUAACGAUACGUCCUUGCUCGCCAUAUAAGUCUAAAGGCCUCAGUUCAUACGAGGUCUCGAAAGCCGAUUCUUCUCGAUACGCAGAGUACGUCCGCAACAAACGCUCGAAUUGUAACGUUCUUGGCUAUCAGAAACUUAAGGAUGAACUUAUAGCUGCUAAGGAGCAAGUCCUUCGUCUUUGGAAACAAAAACGCAUAUGGUUUAAGAAGAUGAUAAGGGCUAUUGCUCGGGGUAUUGACAGUGUGGAGGAGUUAGAGCGAGUGGAGCGUGAGGAGGCUGCGGCGGCGGCGGUAGCAGAGGCUUCUAGGGUUACUACGUCCUCUUCGACCCUAUCUUGCCUGUCUGCCGAUUUCGGAUAG